AUGGCCACCCCCAAGCGCUUCCCGACGCUGGUGCAGCUGGAGCAGCGGGAAGGGGCGCUGUUCCAGAUGCUCAGUAACAUCACCAAGCGGCCCUAUUGGUUCCAGUCCGAGUACCUGAAGAGUCCGAAGGCAGUUCAUCUUGAGGCUUGGCUGGUGGAAGCGAUCUUUGGCCCGGGCGGAGAGCACAUCCCGCACGUCGAGUGUGUAUCGCAGACCUUGCUUCGCAUUAAUCAGUGGGACCCUGAAGGCGAGGCUGAGAUCUUGAUAUUUGGUCGGCCUUCUUACCAAAAGGACGUGUCCAAGAUGAUCAUGAACUUGGCUUACUAUCACCGCCAACUCCGGGCGCAAAGUACGGGACCAGGAAUAGUGAGGGGACCCUGGACAGAUCUUGGGUUCCUCGGGAGGGAUCCUGAUGUUUCCUGGAUGAGCCGGGGUAGCGGUCUCAACCUUUUAGUCUACCGGAGUGGGUUCCUCUUUGCAAGGGAUCUAAGAGGCCAAACUGACCCCAUGCUCUCAGGCUCAGGAAAGAACGCUGCCCAGGACACCGAGACCCAGAAAUCCCCCGCUGCAGUCAGGGAGCCGGCGACCCAGCGGUCCCCCGGCGCGGCCCGGGAGGCGGCGACCCAGCGGUCCCCCGGCGCGGCCCGGGAGGCGGCGACCCAAAGCUCCCCCGAUGCCACCCUGGUCCCUGUUCCCAGGUUAUGA